UCGUCAAAGAUACCGCGGCGUGUCUCAACCUCGUCAUGAACACUCAUGAUCCGUAGUGCCCGCAUCGAGGAAGGGGUUGAGAUGCGACGAGCACCAGGGGGCAUCUCACUGAUCAGUUGGGAACUUCGACUUACCCCCUUCCCAUCUCCCCCUCACCCAGGUGAGCAAUGUCUGCGGACUUCUGGGCAGGCUACAUCUCGGGUGCAGUGGGCAUCAUCAUCGGGAAUCCGCUUGAUGUUCUUAAAGUCCGCCUCCAAGCCGGGCCCGCCGCGGUCCCGGCCCCCACAGCCCCCGUGCCUGCCCCGCCCCUCAACAGCGCGCCCUCACUCCACACCAACUACAUCCGGCCCUUCCUACUUGGCACAGCAGCCCCUGUGCUCGGAUAUGGCGCCCUCAACGCACUCCUCUUCGUCUCCUACAACCGCACCGAGGCCUUCCUAAACUCCCUCAGCGCUGUCCCAGGCGCCAGCACGAGCAUCGGCGACAGCCAAGGACGCGGGACCAACCUCCUGACGACGUGGCUCGCCGGCGCCGUCGGCGGACUCGCGACCUGGGUGGUAUCGACGCCCACCGAGCUGGUGAAGUGCCGCGCCCAGGUCCAACACCAAGCACCCACGACGACGCCAAAUUCUAGACCCAGCGCCGGGGCCACCUCCUGGGCGAUAACCAAACACAUCCUGACCCACCAAGGCGGCAUCCGCGGCCUCUACGCCGGCGGUGCCGUGACCGCCCUGCGCGACAGCAUCGGCUACGGCUUCUACUUCUGGGGCUACGAGCUCUGCUCGCGGUGGAUGCUGCAGCUCCAACUCCAACAGCAACAACAACAACAACCCCCACCAACCCAACAGCACAACGAUCCCGGCGGGGCCUCGCUACUCGGCACCGACGCAGCUCGAGUACUGCUCUGCGGCGGGCUGGCAGGCAUCAUCACGUGGGCGAGCAUCUUCCCGCUGGACGUGGUCAAGACGCGGGUGCAGACGCAGGAUCUGGCGGCGGCAGCAGCGGCGCCGGCGGCGGGCGGGGAGAGGACGCCGCUGGUGGCCGGGGCCGCGGCGGCGGGGAGGAGGAAGCUCGGCGCGUGGGAGGUCGCCAAGGAGACGUACAGGGAGGGCGGGAUCCGGGCGUUCUUCCGCGGGCUGGGCGUGUGCAGCGCGCGGGCGUUCAUCGUGAACGCGGUGCAGUGGGCGGUGUAUGAGUGGAUUAUGGCCGAGCUGGGGCAGGGGAGGAGCAGGCAGGAUGUGUUGGCGUUGGAGGCUGGUCGCUCUGGGUGAUGUUUGAGGCGGGGUUGAACUUGUAUAGACGGGUGAAGAUUCAUUCCUGGAAAAAAGUCUGAGGGCCCUAGACGAUACCCGUGUGUUUUCACCAGCGGUGGUGGGUAAUGGGGAUGCGGUGACAGCCACUGAGCAUGGAAGCCUGAUAAACAGAGCGGAUUACUCGGAACGUGCCUCCAUCCAUCCGUCCGGACGAUCAACUCCAUCCUUCCGGGAAGCGACACGAGAUCCAAGUCCGAAGACCCAGUGUAUACCGUUGUCCAUCCGCUACUG